AUGGGGCAUCGCAAAGAUCGUAAAGGUCAGCCCAACAGUCGUGGUGGGACAGCUGGAGGAGUGACAAAUCAACGCAAUACAUUGGCUGUGAAGGCAGAGACAGCCAUUGGUGACCAGCUUCUUCCAGGGCGUCAUCCCUGUAAAUGUCAGGCUCGAAUCCAUGCUCUUGUAAGAAAUUGUAUGGGUUGUGGAAAGAUCGUUUGUGUACAGGAAGGUAGUGGACCAUGCUUUUUCUGCGGCAAUCUUGUCUGCACAAAGGAGGAAAAAGAGGUGAUGAUGCCAACUUUAGCAGGUCCGGAAGGUGGGCUUGGUCCCUGGGAAAGGCGCACGAAAGUGAAUGAUUUGGAGAGCGAUUACUCGAGCAUCGAGAAUAGCCCGUACUUGACAGCUGAAGUUGGUAUCUCUGUCACUAUUAAGUCAUCUCUACCAUUUUCGAUGUUUUUACCAACGCUUUUCAAGGAACGUCACGCAAUCAUCCAACGCCGUUUGGAAUUAGAAGAAAUCAAACAGAGACGGAAGCGCAACAUUGUUAUCAAUCUCAAUGUCAAGGAUAUUACCGUUAGCGAAGGAGUACACAAUACGGGCUCAGAUCGAGCGUACGAUCCAGUGAUUGAAUCCAUCCUUGAAAAGUCAGAGGAAAGACGUCGCGCCGCAGACGCUGCUCAAAAUUCGGCUGUGGACGCUCAUUGGAUUCCAAAAGGGUUUGUCCCUAAGUAUGAUGAAAACGUCGGUUCUCGAUUCGAAUCAAAUGUUAAUGAAUUUGCUGAAGUGGAUGCACUAUGUGUGAUGAAUGAGGAACUCGGAAGGCUCGAAGUUGAACGUCGAGGAUAUGCUAUUUCGAUUCCUCAGCCAUGCGCAUCUUUGGCCGCAUGGGGUUUUGUCAAGUAUGUGAGAUGGCCGGAAGAUAUUCACUUGAAAGGUCCAGUUUUCGUUUGCUCGACGGUGUCCUCAACAAGCAGCUCUGAUGUGCAAAAUUUUCUCGAAAAGUUCUGUGGUGGAUGUUCACCAAAGGAGCAAGUCGAUUAUUCACCCGCAAGCAUCUUAGGACGUGUUUAUGUUGAGGAUUGCAUCACUUUCACUGAAUUCCAAAGAGAGGAGGCUGUGGCAAAGAAUCUAGCAGCAAGAGUGCUUCUCUCGAGUGUCACGUAUCCCCUCACAUGCGUGAAAACGCUCAACCAGCUGGGACACGAGCCCUUCCCGUUGUCCACAGGAAAAACUCUCAUCGUUGCUGGACGUAAUGCCUACUUCCUUCCCAACGUGUUUAGCUAUGCUAACCAGAUGGCACAUGCUCGUGGAUUGGGUGUGUUGUUUACCGGCAUUGACUCAGCAAUUUGUUCACUCAUCGUUCAGGGAAUUACUUCUUAUAAAACGAAAAAGUACAUCGACAAAUACUACCCUGAGAUUGGAGGCAAGCCAGAAUUCGAGCACCUUGAUGAAAAGGAUCUGACAGACCACCAGUCUUUCAAACGCCACUUGCGAGGCGCGAUUCGCGAGUCUGUUGUUCGUGUCGUAACAGUUACGAUUGCAAGACCAUUGACGGUGGUAAUGAUUCGCCAGAUUGCUCAACUCAUUGGCAACGAGACAAAGUAUGGCGGCGUUUUCUCAAGUGUUCGCCUAAUUGGCUUAGAAGAGGGUCCUGCUGGCUUAUUCAGUGGACUUGUGCCGCAGAUAUCUGGUGAAAUCCUGGUCGUGUUUGGUAGCGCUGCUCUUUUGUUCGCUGCUGAACGAGCUAUUGUGAUGUCAGGAAUGUACCAGAAGAAGGGAGAAAAGAGUGCCAAGGAAGUCGAGGAUCUACGUAAGUUCUCGAACUUCGCGAUUCCUUUCGUGAUGAACUCGUUUGGAUAUCCAUACCAAGUUGUCAGUACUGUUAUGGCUGUCGUCGGAUCAGGGCUUGCUGUAUCCUUCCUUCCAUAUGCGCCAUCGUUUGUGGACUGGCAUUCGGCAUGGGACUACCUCACACCUCACGGCUUGAAACGAGGAUCACGCAUGUUCCUUCGUGAACAAGCUGGAGCUGUUUCCGUUGGACCAGACCAACAACUAUACGCGAGUACCAAGCAUUUUGUUAGCGCGUAG